UGGGCCUAAUGUUAGCAUUAGUUCUUUUGUAAUUGCUAUUGUAAACGGGAUUAGUUUCAAGCUGAGUAAUAUUUGUAUGUCAGAUGUUUUGAAAGCAUACACUUUAAUAAGUUGCAAAGUACUCACAUUAUGUCAUCAUUAAUUAAUGAUUUUGGAGUUUAUUGUGUAUUAAGUUCGGACCCAAUAUGAUAAUAAUUUGAAAUAUUAAUCGUGUAGUAGAUAAUUGCAGUUACUCAGUGUUUCCCUGUUAGUAUUAAAACUUGUAAAAGGAAUAAAGUGAAGUUAAAGUUUGAUUUACCCAGUCUCUACAAGAUAUAGGCCUGAGAAUAAGCGAGUUGUUGGAUUUUUCCAGCACUUCAUUUUAGAACAAGUUGUUGGAUAUUUUCAUUAGUAAUACUAAUAGUAUAUCAUUUUUUGAGAAAAUGUUUCAAAACUGGCAGCACUGGGGUCCAAACCAGCUGCCUAUGGGAGGUGGUGGUGUUGGAGGAUUUGUGCAAGGUCCAAUGGCAUCAUCUGGCCCUAUUCAGGGAGGACCAGGUUUUCCUGGACAGUUUGGGUUACAACCAAACAUGAUGCAACAGCAGUGGAAUUGGCAAGCACCUGGUCCAGCAGAACAGUGGGGUGGAAUGGGAAUGAACAUGGGAGCUGGGGCAGUACAAACCAUGGCCAUGCAAAAUCAGAAUCUUGGAGGCCCUGUUACUGUGAUGUCAACCUUGGCUGACCAAACAGUGGGUCCAGAGCCAUUACCACCAGGAAUUGAACAGAGAGAGGUACCUUUGGAUGAGACAAAGAUGAAUGGUCCUAAUCCAUUGGAUGACAUGGAAAGAGAAAGGUUGCAGAGACUUCGUGCAGAAGCCGAGGCAUGGCAAGCUCAGCCAAUGAUGCAGACAACCAGUAGUGGUUGGCCAAAUCAAGUGAGUGGAACUUGGCAACAUGGGAUGGUCCCUUGGCAGCAGCAGGGAAUGUGGCCUCAAGGUGGCAUGUGGCCACAAAGAAACUUUUCGCAGCAGCUAGGAACAUGGCCAACCCAGCCCAAUCAAGGCUUGUGGUCUGCAGAAGCUAUGCAGGAAGCCACACAAAUUCAUGUAAAUGAAGAACUUAAACUUAUGGAACUGGAUCCAGAAGAACAAGAAUUUGAAAGAGAGUUUUUAGAGUGGCAGCGAGAGUUUGAAAAUUGGAAAGAACAGAAUAAAAACCACCCUGACAAGGAGGCAUUUGCACGGUAUGAGGAACAGUGGCAAGAAUGGAAAAAGCAGUUGUUAGAGAGGAGAGACCAGAUGCGCCAAAUGAAAGCACAAAAACUUGAAAUUAAUAAAGCAGAGAAAAAUAAGCAAAAAAGUGAAAUAGAACAAUCAACAACUGUCAAAGAGAAUAAUCAAGGAGCAAAAACAGAACAGGAAAAAAAUGAAAAAAUAUCUACAGAGGUAAACUUGACAGAAAAGAAACCACAGUCAGCUGAUCAUAAGACAAUGCUACAGAAACAAAUACAAGAAAAAAUAGCACAAUUGAAAAAGGAAGAGGAAGAAUGGAAAAACAGAAAGAUGCUUGGGCCAUUAGCUCCACCACUGUCAAAAUCUCCUGGGAGGUCAGAAUCAGAAAAAUCAAAUGUGGCCAGUGAGUCAUUCAAGGACAAGAAAGGUUCUAGUAGAGAAAAGAGGGAUGAUACAGAAAAGAAAGAAAACCAUGAAUCAGGCUCCUUACAAAUUUCUAGUCAGUCUGAUAUUUCUUCAGAGAAAGACAAUGAAAAAUUAAAAGAGAGUAGUUCUCAGAAUGAGAAAAACUCAAAAGCAAGUGAUGAAAAUGUAAAAAAUGCUGUUGAAGAAUUGAAAGCUAAAGGUCAAGAAAACCAUUUAAAGUCACUGGCAAACCUCAGAACAGCCAGUUCCCCUGAAAAAGAGAUAACACAGAAAAAGCAUGAUGAAGACAAAUCAGGCAGGAAAGUGCUGGAAGAAAAGGAUUCUUUUGGGCGAAGUGUUGAAAUGAGAGAACGUAUGAAGAGCAGAGGAAGAAAUUUGAGACGUGGAGGGGAAGAUGAUGAUGAUGAGAGAGAUCCUGAAAAACAGUUGAGCCCAAGAAGAAAUGAAAAACGAAGAAGUCGCUCACGUGAAAGAAGAAGAAGUCGCUCACGUUCUCGAGAAAGGGAUCGUUAUAGAGACUAUCAUAGAUAUUCUCGAGAUCACUCGAGAGAUCGUCAUAGACCUAGAUCAAGGGAACGGUCACGUUCUAGAGAGCGAGAUCGUUAUAGAGAGCGAGAACAUUCUAGAGAUAGACCAAGACAUCACUCAAAAGAAUCGGAUCGUUUUAGAGACAAACUGAGAGAUCGUUCCAAAGAAAAAGACCGAGUAUUGGAAGGAAAGCGGGAAGAAAAUGGUGACCGAUAUAAAGAAGAUCAAGAUAUGAGAAGACUUCUACCAUUUGGAGUGGAUGAACGUUUUGAAAAAGGUUAUCCUAGCAGUGACUCUGAAUUUUAUAUUAAGAGAAGUGAAUAUUUGGAAAGGUGCAAGUAUGAGGAAUUUAAUCGUUUUCCAUGGUUUAGAGAGGAAAAUCGUUUUUAUUCUCGCGAGGGAAUAGAUAUGUCUUCUCGACUUCCUCCACCCUCUCUUCCUACAGGCAUGUUUUUCAGUACGAAAACAAUAGAAUACGGCCAUCAGCGUGCAGCUACUGUGGUAGGAGAAGACUUUGCAGAGAAAUUUGGAUCCAUCAGAGCUUCCUCCAUUGGUCAGUCUUCAGUCUUUGGAAAAGUGGAGUCCUUUGACUAUGGUCACCAACAUACACCAACUCCAGUUAAAUCUGAACCAACAAGUUCAAGUGAACAUAUUUUAGGAAUGAGAAUGCAACAGAAAGAUUGGAGUCCACUUAAAAAUUUAAAUGCCAAUAGAGAAUUCUCGAGGUUGCCACAGGUAUCUGCAGAACAAAAUAUUCCUGGAUUAGAUAUAAAAAACAUAAGUCAUCAAUCUCUGACACCAGUAUUUAGAGAUGACAACAGGGGACAUUCAAAUAUCAAAACUUGGAAUUCAUCAACCAAAGUUCAAGAAGAAGAGAAGCCAACUGUUUUGGAACUUGAGAAAUCUGUUCAAUCUAGUAAGAGAGUUAAAGAAAAUUUUACAUUUCCUGCGUAUGGACCAGAAAGUGUCAAAUUUGACGAAAACCUCAUUUCUAAAACAACUCCUCCUGUGGAGAAGAAAACAGAGACUGUAAGGAUAGAAGAUUUACUAAGCCCACCUGGUAGACUUCAGAGACCAAAACACAUAGUGAUUAUUCUUAGAGGACCCCCAGGCUCUGGAAAAACCUAUGUAGCUAAGUUAAUUAAGGAUAAAGAGAUUGAGAAUGGGGGCUCAGCCCCAAGGAUUCUUUGUCUAGAUGACUAUUUUAUGGUCGAAACGGAGAAGCUUGUCAAAGAUCCAGAUACUGGAAAGCGUAUUAGAAAAAAGGAAUUUGAAUAUGACUAUGAGCCAGAAAUGGAAGAAGCAUAUAGUUUAAGUUUACUUAAAUCUUUCAAAAAAACAGUAGAUGAUAGAUUUUUCCCUGUCAUCAUAGUGGAUGCUGUUAACAGUAGGGUAAAGCAGUUUGAAAAUUAUUGGACCUAUGCUAAACAGAAAGGCUUUCAGGUGUAUGUAGCAGAGAUGGAGUGUAUGGAUCCUAGCAUAUGCCACAAAAGAAACAUUCACAAACGGUCUCAAGAAGAUAUUCAAAAGAUGGUUAGCCACUGGGAAUCUACACCUACCAACUACAUUCUUGUUGACAUCCGAUCAUUGCUUCAAGAUGCUGCUAUUACUGAGGUUGAAAUGGAAGACUUUGUACCAGAAGAAGAGAAUACUAAAAAUGAGAACAAGCAAAGAAGUGAUGAUGAUGAUGAUGAGGAGGAAGACUUACCUGUUCAUGUGCCAAGCCGCUGGGAAAAAAUGGAAUCCACUGAAGAAAAGCUAGAUCGACUUGACGGCCUUCGCGUUGGGAAGAAGAAACACUCGUCUUUGGAAGAAUAUCUUCAACUCCCCGAUGACUACGAACAGCGGGAAUCGCGCCCUGGACAGAAACGGGUUCGAUGGGCAGAUAUUGAAGAAAGAAAAACGCAGGAACGGAUGAGAGCCAUUGGCUUUGUUGUGGGUCAGACAGACUGGCAGAAAAUGACAGAUCCUUCCCAUGCAGAGAGGGCGCUUACUCGAACUAAGUACAUAUAGGAGUUAACAGGUAUAUUCGAUUAUCAUUUUGUCUGGUGAAAUGGUUGUCUUUAUUGAAUAAUUGAACAAGUUUUAAAAAUCAGUGGUAACGAUUUUUAUGAUAAAAAUUUUUUACCUUUUGUUGCGACCACCGAGUUUCGGUUCGCAGUUGGAUCAUCCGAAAGCUUUUACCAGAUACACACCGUUUUGUUUAAUUUCACCGACUUUCGUUUCGUUAAACUGUGUUGUUUGUGGAAUGCAUUUCUGUGUAUUUUCUAUUACGUGACAACAACUGUACAAAAAUAAAAUCGAUCAUAUAUUUGUGA